GUGCAGUGAGUUCAUGCACUUCUAUGCUUCCUGUAAGGAACUGCUUCAAAAUUGCUAACAGAAAGUGAAAGCUCUGUGAAAGUCUUUAAAAGCUGUGGGCUUUGUGGAACUACUUUUCUUCUUUUCUUUUACUGGCUGCGCUGCCCUCGAAAUACAGUGAGGCCACUGGAGCCUUCAGCAGAAAAUGGAAAAACUGCGCACAGCAAUGAAUUUUUGUAUCCGCUACCAAAAGACUCUGGGUUACAGCAUCGUGUCCCUGCUGACAAUUGCCAGCGAGCAAAUCUUUUCCUUGGUGGCCUUCAGGUGUCCCUGCAACUCUUGGAAUAUUCUGUAUGGCUGUGUCUUCCUUCUAGUGCCAGCCAUCCUUCUCUUUCUGCUUGGCUACCUGGUGAAUGCCAGGACUUGGCUCCUGCUUACAGGCAGCUGCCCUCAGGAGAAGAAACACUGCUGUGGCUCUUGGGGAAAAGGUUGCUUCUACCUGAAAGUGCUGGCACCAGUGACAGCCAGCAUCUUGGUGGCCCCCCUCACCUGGAUUUCAGUGGCCCUGCUCAGUGCAAGCUUCUACGAGUGUGCAGCCAGCGGGAGCAGCUUCAUCAGGAAACAGAUGUGCAGGGAUAUGGACAAGCCUGAAGCAUGCUGGGAGCUGCUGGAGAAAAUACCCUGUGAUGAGAAUGUUGUCAGACUACUGAAUAUGCUGAAUAAGAAUUUAACUUCUAAAGGUGGACUUGUCAGCUUUCGAGCACAGUCUCAGAUUCUAGGAUGGUUGCUGAUAGUUGCUGUCAUUACUGUGGCACUCAUUUCAACAUGUAUCAGCCGAUGUUGCUCCCCAGUUAGCUAUUUUCAGCUAAAGUUCUGGAAAAUUUAUUUGGAAAAGGAACGAGAGCACUUCGAAACCAAGGCCAAAGAACAUGCAGCUCAGUUGGCCGAAAGAAACAUAAAUUGCUUUUUUGAAGCCACCAACCCACCGCCAUUUCAGACUCCCAGCAAUGAAGACUGGAAGAUGAUUUCACUCCCAUAUGCAUUCAGUAAGAAUGAUCAGUAUUACAGCAUGAUACACAAAUACAUUAAUGCAAACAGAGGCAAAAUCAGUACAAUCAAUGAAAGAGAUCAAAUUUCCUGUGUUUUAGGAUUUGUAGAUGAAGCACACAUAAAUGAGCAAGGAUUUUAGUAAAAAAAAAAAAAAAGUUUGUAACACUGGUAAUCUUUUAACCUUACUGAUCUAAAAGAAGCUUUAUUCUGUGCUCUUACUGAAAUCAAUGAGAAUUGUAUGUUAGAGGCUGAUACUGUAAACCCCAGGAGACUUUUUAAAAAUAAACUUCAUAAUUUUGCUUAAGUACAUUUAAA